AUGGCCAAGCGGGGAGCAAUGCCUUCCCCUAAGGUUGUUCGAGCGAGCAAGCAAGCAUACAAUGAAGCUUUUAUACGGAUGAAUCAGCCUCAAGCGAGCAUUGAAAGUUCGCUGCCACCACAAGUAAUGCUCAAUUCGGCCAAAAAGUCCGGAGCGAUAGAUCUUGAUGUGGACAGAGUUUAUGACUUCUUACGCGCAUACCAGCUCGAAUUAAAAACCAAGAGAGCUAGUUGGGAGAGGAAACUAUGUGAAGAACACGGUGUAUCUCUUAUGACAGUAACAAUCCUUGCUGGAAUUCUGAGAAGGUGUCAGACACCAAGCCAACAGAUGCUAGCCAAGAACCUCAUGCUAUCAGCGUCGUCUUUGGGAGAGAAGUCUGCAACGUUUGAACUGAUUCAAUCUGCCAUCAAUACAGGCAACCUAAAUAAAUACCAAGAGCAGCUGCAACGACUAGGUUUGUUAGCAAAAAAAGACCACGAUCCAGAAGCUAUGAUGCUACUGGGUAAAGUCUUACUGAGCCAAGGACAGAAUAAGGAAGCUCUGUUAUGGCUCCAGAAGUCAACGCAACCGCCCACUGGAAAUCUCCAGAUCAACGGAGCUGGAGAUGCGUUAGUCAAUGAAGGAAGGAUAUUAUUACAACUAGGCCAGACGAAAGAAGCAGAAAAUGCUUUCAAAAAAGCCGCAUUAGAACUCGACGAACCAUCCGGAUACUUUUACCUUUCUCAGCUUCAGAAAUCAGGUACCCCGGAUCAAAAAGUAUACCUGUUGAAAGCAGCGUCGUCUGGAAUCUUAGAAGCGUGCCAUAACCUCGGUGCUUUGGAACUGGAAGAAAUCGAAAAGAGAGACCAAAAGCCAACUUCGUUACAGGACUAUGGGAUGGCAAAAGAAUGGUUUGAUGUGGCCGCUGCGGAUGGAUUCGGUCUUAGCAUGCUGAAUCUGGCACUCAUGCAUAAAGCCGUCGGCCACGAAGCGGAGAGCCUGGCGUGGCUGAAAAAGGCACAAAAUUUACCAGAAGUGAAGGAGCAAGCUAUAGAGUUGAGGCAAAAAUGGAGUAAAACCAUCAGUAGUUUGCCUUAA